AGCCUUGUUCUGAGAUUUGAGAGGAAGUCGAGAUAAGUUAUCUUCUAGCGACCACUUUCUAUUUGUGAAAGUUUAUUGAGAGACUUCCCAAUUCUAUUAACCAUUAUCUAAGGUUUGCAGAGAGCGAAGUUAAUCUGCAGUAAACUGUUGAACCUAUCACUGGAACUUACGUUUGAUCACUGAAAUUUUAGAUUGGGAAAGUUAAUUUAAACAUAUGCUAAGAGGUUAAAAGAGGAGUCGGAGAACAAAGGUGCACGUGUAGGUUUAUUAUUUUUAUUCAGAGGUUAUAAGAAGAGCCGGCACAUGUAGGAUUAUUUUCCUUUAUUCAGAGGUUAUAGGAGGCUUAGAAUACAAAGAUAAUUCGUAAAGGAAGACGAUCAUAUAAUCUUAGGCGAAGUAUGUGGAGCUGAUAUACAGAAGAUGAAAUCUGACACUGUUAAGAUGUAAUGAACAGACAUACUGUAAACAAAUCACUACACGAUUAUAUUGUAAACUUUCAUGUGUGUUAGACACGCGCGUCAGCACGAUCGAGAAUAAUGAGUCGGCGUGCUAGUUUGUAUGCUAAACAAAAUCCCACCAAACCUCGUCCUAAAGUUCGAUUUUCCGAUGAACUUGUAUUCUUGGAUAAUAUAAAGGAGAAUGAUAUUCCAGCUCUUGGAUCAAUGUUACGGAGAGCCAGUCUUCAAGUUGACAUUAGUGGAAUAAAUGAUGCAGGUUUAACGCCAUUGCAUCAAGCAGUUUUAGAUGGAAACUUAAUGGCAGUAAGAUUACUGGUAGAACAUGGUGCUAAUAUCAACAAACAAGACGACGAUUACUGGACCCCUUUACAUGCCGCAUGCGCAGAGGGGCAUGCCGAAAUAGCUCAAAUAUUACUGGACCAUGGAGCAGAUAGGACCAUUCUUACAGAUGAAGGAGAAAGACCUUUAGAUUUAGUAGAUCCUUCGGAUUUUGCUACUAUCCGUGUCAUGUUGGACAAUAACAAACAACAGGACGACUGUCAGUCUAGUGAAGAUGAUCUGGACGAUUGUAAUUCAUGACGUAGAAAAUCACGGAAAUCAAAGUAUUGUCGGGCAAUGAAUGACAGUGGACUCUUCUUUCUUUUGAAAUCCCACAACGUACAUGUAUAUCUCGGACAAUUUUAUUCUGGUCAUACCAGAUGUGUUUGUGUCACGGUUCAUUUCAACGGAGAAAAAUGUCUUAUGAUUUAUCAUUUAGAAUGUACAUCGAAACACAUUUCGAAUUAACAUUAUCUGUCCGUGUUCGGAAGUUUCAGAGUAACCAUUGGCCUGCAGGAUAGUUAUGAAACGAAAAAAGCGUUCAUACUUUGAAUUUGACCAAAACCAUACAAAUCUGUGCCAAGCGUAUAUCUUAUUGGUGUUUAUAACCUCAAAUUUCGAUUUUGUCUCAAAGGCAAACGUAGGAAAUUUAGUACUGUGAGCUCAAUUAUUAUCAUGUUCUUGUUGCUCUAAGAUACAAAUACAGCAGUUGAUAUACUCUGAUUCAAAAUUCAUAACAAAUAUACCAAAAUAAAUUUUCAUAUAUCACAAAUGUUGACACUCUUUGUUUUUUAUAACAGGAUGUUUUUUUCUGGAACUAAAUGAUUAUAGUUUUACCUCAUCAAUUAAACCAUUGCAACUUAUUUAUUUGAUUGUGUACAAAAUGCAUUAAUUUAAAAGUGGAGUUUGUAAAGUGGAUCACAAAUAGUAGGUACAUAGAUAUCGGUAUGCGAUUGGGUAAGACACUGUGUUUUUUUCAUUAGAGUUGUCUAUCUUUUGCCAGAAAAGGGUAGUAAAAGCGAAGGCAGCAAUUCUUGGUUUUUUUUAAUGUUUUUCAUUGACCAGAAUGGUUUUAGAAGGCUUUAGCAAUUUUAUGCAUUAUUCAUUUUCCUCAUUUUACUUGUUCAUAUUUUUUUAGAACUUCACAUAUUUAUAGGCCGUGUACGCCUAUCAAAUAUUAAUAAAUAUUGUAACUAU